AUGAUUCACAAUGUCGGUGACCUGACUAUUCAGAACAAGCCGAAGGAAGAGCCUGCUCUCGCUCUUCAUAUGAAUCUAGGGAUGGAGUUCGGAGUCCGAAAGAACCACGGGUCCAAGAUGCAGCUUAGGAAAGGAGAGAGUAGCGCUGCCAAAUUACGGCUCAUCACCAUCCUUCGUACUAUUGUUCCUCUGCACAUGCUAAGUUCGUUUAUUCUGUGUUGUACCAGUGCCGGAGAACACGGCUGUUCUCUCAACGAUCCUUCUCGCAUGCUACCCGCGAUUCAUGGUGCAAAUACUGACAUUCAAGUCCUUUUGUCUUCUCUGCAAGCUGCCCACGAAUACGAAAUGGCCAUCUCCGAUGAUAUCAACCACUCGAAGUCCAUGAUAGUGAAUAUUUCCAAGUUCAACCCUCUACCUUACAGCAACGCACACAGCCCACCCAUGGGCCUCACCGCCGCAACAGAACCUUCGCACAAUCUCCACGAUUGGAUACUACUCUUAAGUAUGACGAAGGCAACAACAAAGAACGGAGGCGAGAAUGAAGAACGGAGGUAUGACCUAGAACUCGAACGAAACCAAAAGUAUGAACAAAAGCACGACCCAUCACUGUCCCGUACUGCAGCCCCACGCUAUCAGGAGGCCAGAGUCAGAACAAACCAUGCGGUGACGCAUGCAUGGAUGUAUGCCUGUAUGCUUAUGAGUGCCGUCAUCGGAGAGCUUGACUGGAAUGGCUCAUGGCCGAACGAAUAUCUCAUUAGCACCAGCACAAGGACAAAACAGUUGAAGUAUAUGGAUCCAAGGCUCAAUGUCCUAUACAUCGCACAAAGCUCGAAGUAUGAGGCGAAGCAAAAGCUAGAUGUCUCAUACCGAGCAAGGCCCAUCCGCAGUCCGAGCUUCUGCCAAACUUUGAGUCUCGAACGAACGCUCAAAGGCUCGGCCGCCCGAACGCCUAGGCGCGACUACGAACGCCCGAACACUUAA